UUUAACUGAUUAUGAAAAGGAAAACCGAUCAAACACGAACGGACGACGUCGACAACACGACUGGGCCAACCAUAUCGGAAACCGGCUUGACAGAGGCGGCUGACAGGAGACAAAUCAAACACGAGAAUGAGUGCAUGUGCGCGCCUAGCAAGGAGAAAGAUUUGCGCGCGCGUAUCCACUUCCCGCUUCUUGGCCUGUCACUGGUUAGCCAUUCGGCCGAUAAACACGUAAACAGGUAUGAAAAAGUCUCGAAAGUCAUCGAGAAGAAUCAAGACGCAACGAUUAGCGCGAAUAGCUGCACUACUAUCGGUUACAUAACAAGGCAAAGAUACGAUGACACGGAAUAACGCUAUGGUCAAUUUAUAAAAUACGUUCUGCUUUAUUCUCGACGUGUUUCAUUCUUUCCCCUACA